AAGACAAUGUGUUUGAGGAAAUUGAAGUUGACGAAGGUGAAGUUUUGGUGGGAAACAAAAAGACUGUGUUGGAGGAAAAUGAUGUGAUUGUGUUGGAUGAUAGUGAAGAAGAAAAUAAGGAGGUACAAGCAAUAUCUGUAGCAGAUGAAACAUCCACAGUACAUAAAGGGAUCAAAGUUUACACUUCGCAAUCUACAACUCCUGAUCAAAGGCAAGCGCUUCUCUUCAAUGUUGGUGAACUAUUUGAAGUAUCAAUGAAUGAAUUCGAUAGUGAAUGGUAG